AUUAAUCGAGACACGCAGAAGUGCGCAUAUAAGGUGAGCUACGUGGAGGUGGGCGGGCAGGGCGUCGACGUGUACAAGCAGCCCGUCACCGACUCCGGCAAGAAUAGCAAGCGUGGCCGUCUCUCCCUCCACCAUCACCACCACGGUCUCUACACCACUCAGCAGGCCGGGAAAGGUGACUCCACUAAGGACCUACUUUUUCCGGUGUUUGAGAACGGAGAACUUUUGAUGGAUUACACACUCCAAGAUAUCCAGGAGAGAGCACAGACCGUGCCCAACGACUUCGACGUUAUCAGGUUCCUGGAGGAGGACAGAGAUUAUUAGAUCGGUGUUUGCAUCAGUGACGAGGGACGCCUUAUAUAAGGCUUCAAGAACUUUGUUGUAUUUAAACAUAUUAUGAGCUACCAAGGGGUUUAGACCUAUUAUGUUCUACCAAGGGGUUUAAAUUUAUUAUGAGCUACCAAGGGGUUUAGACCUAUUAUGUUCUACCAAGGGGU